AGAGUUCUUGGAGUUCACGUUACCGGCAUGGAAGAAAUGUUGGCUUUUGUGAUGCUUCAGUGUGGCCCUCCUCAAUAAAAAUGGCAGGAGUUCCUGGAGUGAGAGCCCUCCUCACUGUGCAGCGAUCGGUGACAUUGCAGCACAGCUUUUUUGGCUUCACUCCAAUACAUUUUGCAUCAGCCUGCUUCCCCAGAAGGCUUUACAGUACUUCAACAGGAAGUACUGAAACAAAGCCGCCGGUAAACCCGGAGAAUGAAUCUCUGCUCGAGAACUUGAACCUCAUGGGAGUUGACGUGAGGAUGGCACGCCAGCGUCAGCCUGGGGUGCUUCGUAAAAUCUUCACUAAUGAGAAUGGCCUCGCUCAGUUCCUGCAAGGAAAAGGUGCCGGCCGCAAAGUCAUUGCUAGCAUAAUAUCCCGUUAUCCCCGAGCCAUCACUCGCUCCAUUGAACACUUGGAACAACGCUGGCAGCUGUGGAGAAACAUCUUCCAGACAGACGCAGAAAUCGUAAGCAUCCUGGAUCGCUCACCUGAGUCGUUUUUCCGCUCCAGUGAUAACGACAACUUGGAAAAGAACAUAGAUUAUCUGGUCUCACUGGGACUAAAUGCCAAAGAUCUCCACCGGCUGCUGACCACAGCACCGCGGACAUUCUCCAACAGCUUAGAGCUCAACAAGCAAAUGGUGGAGUUUCUGGAAGAUAUCUGCACAGAGCUCGGUGGAAGUAACCCAGAGCAGUUUGCAAAAAUGGUCAUAACAAGAAAUCUUUACAUUCUAAUCAGAAGCACUAAGAGAGUCAAGACAAACAUCGACAACCUGAAAGCAUCACUUAAGUUGAGUGAUUCAGAACUGCUGGCUCUUCUUCAAGGCCACGGGGCAGAAAUUCUGGACCUUUCCAACGAGUACCUGAAAAAGAAUUUCAACAGCCUGGAGCAGAAGAUGACCGCACUUGGCUGUCGGAAAGCUGAUGUUAAAAAACUGAUCAUCAACUAUCCGAUGAUCCUCUACAUUGGGCCUGACACUCUGAGCUCUAAACUAGACUGUCUUUUAAAAGGAGGAAUAACAAUGAAGCAGAUACUGGAAAAGCCCAAAGUUUUGGACUACAGCACACAAAACAUUACAGGGCGACUAGAGGAACUGAGAAGGUUGGGCUAUGACUUCCAGAAGAAUGGCAUCAACAUCCUCGAUUCAAGUCGAAAGCGGUUUGCCGCAAAAAUAGAAAAACUUUCUGCCUCACCAGAAGAAUGAGUGUAGCUUGCUGCCUGUCAGACAGUGUUGGCUGAUACUUUUUCAUCUUUUUGACUUAAGAAUAAUCAGGUUUUAUGUUCAGAGAUAAUAUGAUUGAGCUCUUUUAAUAUCCCAAACUUAAUUCCAGUAUUGAAAUCUAAACAUUGUGCCUGUGAUAUUCUUCUAGUCUCACAAAAGUAAUUAAAGCAGUAAAAAUAAUAAGUUGAAGGUCUGGGGACAUGGAAUUACAUUUGAAGCUAAUGAGUAAAAGGAAAUUGUCAGUGGAUUACCCAUUAUGUAAUGUUUCAGCUCAAA